GCCAUGGCCCGCCUGGCCGCCGCGCUCUGGAGUCUCUGCGUCACAGCCAUCCUCGUCACCUCAGCCACCCAAGGCCUGAGCCGGGCUGGGCUCCCAUUUGGGCUGAUGCGCCGGGAGCUGGCAUGUGAAGGCUACCCCAUCGAGCUGCGGUGCCCGGGCAGUGACGUCAUCAUGGUGGAGAACGCCAACUAUGGGCGUACAGACGACAAGAUCUGCGACGCCGACCCUUUCCAGAUGGAGAACGUGCAGUGCUACCUGCCGGACGCCUUCAAGAUCAUGUCCCAGAGGUGUAACAACCGCACCCAGUGUGUGGUGGUCGCUGGCUCGGACGCCUUUCCGGACCCCUGCCCUGGGACCUACAAGUACCUGGAGGUGCAGUACGACUGUGUCCCCUACAAAGUGGAGCAGAAAGUCUUCGUGUGCCCAGGGACCCUGCAGAAGGUGCUGGAGCCCACCUCAACCCACGAGUCGGAGCACCAGUCUGGUGCAUGGUGCAAGGACCCACUGCAGGCGGGUGACCGCAUCUACGUCAUGCCGUGGAUCCCCUACCGCACGGACACGCUGACCGAGUACGCCUCGUGGGAAGACUACGUGGCAGCGCGCCACACCACCACCUAUCGCCUGCCCAACCGCGUAGACGGCACGGGCUUCGUGGUCUACGACGGCGCCGUCUUCUACAACAAGGAGCGCACGCGCAACAUCGUCAAGUACGACCUGCGCACGCGCAUUAAGAGCGGGGAGACUGUCAUCAACACGGCCAAUUACCACGACACCUCGCCCUACCGCUGGGGGGGCAAGACCGACAUCGACCUGGCAGUGGACGAGAACGGGCUGUGGGUCAUCUACGCCACUGAGGGCAACAACGGGCGGCUGGUGGUGAGCCAGCUCAACCCCUACACGCUGCGCUUCGAGGGCACGUGGGAGACCGGCUACGACAAGCGCUCCGCGUCCAACGCCUUCAUGGUGUGCGGCGUCCUGUACGUGCUGCGCUCGGUGUACGUGGAUGACGACAGCGAGGCGGCCGGCAACCGCGUGGACUACGCCUUCAACACCAACGCCAACCGUGAGGAGCCCGUGAGCCUGGCCUUUCCCAACCCCUACCAGUUCGUCUCCUCUGUCGACUAUAACCCUCGCGACAACCAGCUCUAUGUCUGGAACAACUACUUUGUGGUGCGCUAUAGCCUGGAGUUUGGGCCGCCCGACCCUAGUGCGGGCCCAGCCACUUCCCCACCCCUCAGCACAACCACCACAGCCCGGCCCACACCCCUGACCAGCACGGCCUCGCCCGCAGCCACUACUCCACUCCGCCGGGCACCCCUCACCACGCACCCCGUGGGUGCCAUCAACCAGCUGGGACCUGACCUACCUCCAGCCACUGCCCCGGCCCCCAGCACCCGGCGGCCCCCUGCCCCCAAUCUGCACGUGUCCCCAGAACUCUUUUGUGAACCUCGAGAGGUGCGGCGGGUCCAAUGGCCGGCCACCCAGCAGGGCAUGCUGGUGGAGAGGCCCUGCCCCAAGGGGACUCGAGGAAUUGCCUCCUUCCAGUGUCUACCAGCCCUGGGGCUCUGGAAUCCCCGGGGCCCUGACCUCAGCAACUGCACCUCCCCCUGGGUCAACCAGGUGGCCCAGAAGAUCAAGAGUGGGGAGAACGCGGCCAACAUUGCCAGCGAGCUGGCCCGCCACACCCGGGGCUCCAUCUACGCGGGUGACGUGUCCUCCUCUGUGAAGCUGAUGGAGCAACUGCUGGACAUUCUGGACGCCCAGCUGCAGGCGCUGCGGCCCAUCGAGCGCGAGUCGGCCGGCAAGAACUACAACAAGAUGCACAAGCGGGAGAGAACUUGCAAGGACUACAUCAAGGCUGUGGUGGAGACGGUGGACAACCUGCUGCGGCCGGAGGCCCUCGAGUCCUGGAAGGACAUGAACGCCACUGAGCAGGCGCACACAGCCACCAUGCUGCUGGACGUCCUGGAAGAGGGCGCCUUCCUGCUGGCGGACAAUGUCAGGGAGCCGGCCCGCUUCCUGGCCGCCAAGCAGAACGUGGUCCUCGAGGUCACAGUCCUGAACACUGAGGGCCAAGUGCAGGAGCUGGUGUUCCCCCAGGAGUACCCGAGUGAGAACUCAAUCCAGCUGUCUGCCAACACCAUCAAGCAGAACAGCCGCAACGGAGUGGUCAAGGUUGUCUUCAUUCUCUACAACAACCUGGGCCUCUUCCUGUCCACCGAGAACGCCACGGUGAAGCUGGCGGGUGAAGCAGGCUCGGGGGGCCCAGGGGGCGCCUCCCUGGUGGUGAACUCACAGGUCAUCGCAGCGUCCAUCAACAAGGAGUCCAGCCGAGUCUUCCUGAUGGACCCUGUCAUCUUCACUGUGGCCCACCUGGAGGCCAAGAACCACUUCAACGCUAACUGCUCCUUCUGGAACUACUCAGAGCGCUCCAUGCUGGGCUACUGGUCAACCCAGGGCUGCCGCCUGGUGGAGUCCAACAAGACCCAUACCACAUGUGCCUGCAGCCACCUCACCAACUUUGCUGUGCUCAUGGCGCACCGCGAGAUCUACCAGGGCCGCAUCAAUGAGCUGCUGCUGUCAGUCAUCACGUGGGUGGGCAUCGUCAUCUCCCUGGUCUGCCUGGCCAUCUGUAUCUCCACCUUCUGCUUCCUGCGGGGGCUGCAGACCGACCGCAACACCAUCCACAAGAACCUCUGCAUCAAUCUCUUCCUGGCGGAGCUGCUCUUCCUUGUCGGGAUAGACAAGACUCAGUAUGAGAUCGCCUGCCCCAUCUUUGCGGGCUUGCUGCACUACUUCUUCCUGGCCGCCUUCUCCUGGCUGUGCCUGGAGGGUGUGCAUCUCUACCUGCUGCUGGUGGAGGUGUUUGAGAGCGAGUACUCCCGCACCAAGUACUACUACCUGGGCGGGUACUGCUUCCCUGCGCUGGUGGUGGGCAUUGCGGCCGCCAUCGACUACCGCAGCUAUGGCACCGAGAAGGCUUGUUGGCUCCGCGUGGACAAUUACUUCAUCUGGAGCUUCAUUGGGCCCGUCUCCUUUGUUAUUGUGGUGAACCUGGUGUUCCUCAUGGUGACUCUGCACAAGAUGGUCCGGAGCUCGUCCGUGCUCAAGCCUGACUCCAGUCGCCUCGACAACAUUAAAUCCUGGGCCCUGGGGGCCAUUGCGCUGCUCUUCCUGCUGGGCCUCACGUGGGCUUUCGGCCUCCUCUUCAUCAACAAGGAGUCAGUGGUCAUGGCUUAUCUCUUCACCACCUUCAACGCCUUCCAGGGGGUCUUCAUCUUCGUCUUUCACUGCGCCUUACAGAAGAAGGUGCACAAGGAGUACAGCAAGUGCCUGCGGCACUCCUACUGCUGCGUCCGCUCGCCGCCCGGGGGCGCGCACGGCUCACUCAAGACCUCGGCCAUGCGGAGCAACGCCCGCUACUACACAGGGACCCAGAGCCGAAUCCGGAGGAUGUGGAACGACACCGUGAGGAAGCAGACGGAAUCCUCCUUCAUGGCCGGAGACAUCAACAGCACUCCUACCCUGAACCGAGGUACCAUGGGGAACCACCUGCUGACCAACCCUGUGCUGCAGCCCCGUGGGGGCACCAGCCCCUAUAACACCCUCAUUGCUGAGUCAGUGGGCUUUAACCCCUCCUCGCCCCCAGUCUUCAACUCCCCAGGGAGCUACCGGGAACCCAAGCACCCCUUGGGAGGCCGGGAAGCCUGCGGCAUGGACACGCUGCCCCUCAACGGCAACUUCAACAACAGCUACUCCUUGCGAAGCGGGGAUUUCCCUCCCGGGGACGGGGCCCCUGAGCCCCCUCGAGGCCGGAAUCUGGCUGACGCCGCUGCCUUCGAGAAGAUGAUCAUCUCGGAGCUGGUGCACAAUAACCUGCGGGGGGGCAGCAGCGGAGCCAAGGGCCCUCCACCGCCGGAGCCCCCUGUGCCACCAGUGCCAGGGGGCAGCGGGGAGGAAGAGGCCGGCGGGCCCGGGGGCGCUGACCGGGCAGAGAUCGAACUUCUCUACAAGGCCCUGGAGGAGCCACUGCUGCUGCCCAGGGCCCAGUCGGUGCUGUACCAGAGCGAUCUGGACGAGUCGGAGAGCUGCACGGCGGAGGAUGGAGCCACCAGCCGGCCCCUCUCCUCGCCUCCAGGCCGGGACUCCCUCUACGCCAGUGGGGCCAACCUGCGGGACUCGCCCUCCUACCCGGACAGCAGCCCCGAGGGGCCCAGUGAGGCCCUGCCCCCACCCCCACCCGCACCCCCUGGUCCCCCCGAAAUCUACUACACCUCGCGCCCGCCGGCCCUGGUGGCCCGGAACCCCCUGCAGGGCUACUACCAGGUCCGGCGGCCCAGCCACGAGGGCUACCUGGCGGCCCCGGGCCUUGAGGGGCCAGGCCCCGACGGGGACGGGCAGAUGCAACUGGUUACCAGUCUCUGA